AUGCAUAUCCUCUCUUUUUUCUUAGCACUCCUUGCUAUAAUACAUGGAAUACAAGCAGUUGAUUACACUGUCACCAACACUGCUCUCUCUACUUCAGGUGGAAUACGUUUUCGUGAUCAAAUAGGAGAUCAAAAUGCGACACAAACUCUAGACUCUGCCACACGAUUCAUAUGGAAAGUGUUCCAACAAAACAACCCUACCAACCGGAAGAACGUGCAGAAAGUGAGUUUAUUCAUCGACGACAUGGAUGGAGUUGCGUUUACAAGCGGUAAUGAGAUUCAUGUUAGUGCAAGAUACGUUAAUGGCUACAACGGUGACGUGAGAAAAGAAAUUACAGGAGUAUUAUAUCAUGAAAUGACACAUGUUUGGCAGUGGAAUGGAAAUGGUCAAGGUGAUGGUGGAUUGAUUGAAGGUAUAGCAGAUUAUGUGAGAUUGAAAGCAAAUUAUGCACCUAGUCAUUGGGUUAAAGCUGGACAAGGAGAUAAAUGGGAUCAUGGUUAUGAUGUUACUGCUCAUUUUUUGGAUUAUUGUGAUCAUUUAAAAAAUGGAUUUGUGGCAAAGUUGAAUAAGUUGAUGAGGAGUGGUUAUAGUGAUCAAUUAUUUGUUCAGCUUUUGGGGAAGACAGUUGAUCAGUUAUGGAAAGAGUAUAAGGCAAAGUAUGGUAAUAUAGCCUAA